CGGGCCAUUCCACAGGCUCCCGGCGCGGCCCCUCACGGGCUUCCCCCGGCCGGCCCGUGCCUCCCGACCUCAGAAGGAGCAGCAGGGGCGGGCACUCUUACCUCUGGGCUGUGCUUGCGGUCGGUAGCGAGGCAGGGGGCAUUAAUCCAGUGGAAAGCCGGGAAGGGCUUUCCAGGCGGGUGCCUCAGGCUGUGUCAGGCCCGGCUGGGCCUGGAUCUGGCCCUCUCGUGUAAGAGUAUGUCUGGUAUCGUUGCCCACACCAAUGUGUCACAGUUUAUUGGGAAAAAAGAAUAUAUGUUGUAAAGAAGCCUGUCAUUUAGCAACAUCGGUGGGAGCAGAGGAGUCUUAGUGCUUUGUGAAGCCAAGCCCUGGAUUUUCCAUGGAAAUGAAUCAUAAAUCAUUGUAGGGAAGGGUGCAGGAGAUGGGAGGCUGGCUUCAGCUGGGUUGCUGUUAAUUGUUAGUGGUGAAUUAGGUUUUAGUAAGUACUUAACAGGCAGGUAUCUCUCAGGCAAAGAAAAUAUUUCAGACUCCAUGAUUUUCUACAGAAAGAUAAGCUCUUGUCAGCCAGAUUUUUUUUCUUUUUGUCUAUCCACUGUGCAGGCUGUAAGAUUUCUUUCCCUUCACUUAGAUAUUUAUUCAGUAUAAAUAAAUGUUGCAUUGCAGCUUUCAACAGGCACAGCUGGAGACUGUAGGAAGACACAUGCCAAAGUGAGUCUCAAUCCCCCGAGACACCUGCGAGAGGUAGAGCACUGCAUGGCAAAGCAGCACUUGCCACAGGCACACCACUGGGUUCCUCUGGCAAGACUCUUCAGCAGCUUGCGGGGAAGAGUUUUGUCCCAGUCAGACAGCUGUGCCUCCAAGUAUCAGGUUUUGCGUAAGGCUAAGACAUCUAUCCAGAAGCUGGAGCAAACCUUGUGUUCUUUGCUGAAGAUGAAAGCGAGCUGCAGUCUGGAGGAUGGGAGCCCAUCCAGCUUGGAGGAAGUCAGGGAGGAAUAUGUCAGGAGGCAAUUCGGCAGUCAGAGCACUACAUCAGCCUCAGAAGAUAUGAGUGAAAGUGACUCUGCCAUCUGGUAUUUGCUUCAAGAAUGUGAAAAACAAACACAGGAAGAAUAUGAGAAGGCAGAAUUCAUCCAGUUUUCAGACACUUUAUCCCCAGAUCUAGUGGAAUUUGAACGAUACCUGUAUUUUUAUAAGCACACAGUGGACCUGCUGAUAGAGCAUGGAAUUGUUUGCACUGGAGAGGUGCCUCUUCCUGAGGUCUCCACAGCUAUUUCCCAUCUCUGGCAAGAGCUUUCUGAAGAGAGCAGGGACAGCAUCUUGCAGUACUGUAGCCAGAGAGAUUUCCUCAUGGAUCCCAAGGCUGCUUGCCCAGAGCCUGCUUGCACUGAAGGUAGUGUGAGGGACAGCGGAGGUAACAGUGAGGAAGCCAGUGGUUCCUCAGUCUCCACACCAGAGGAAGUGAUGUUUGAAGAUGCAUUUGAUGUUGCUGCUGGUUUCCUUGACAGAAGCAAGGCUCAGGGAUUGUCCAGCCAGAGUUCAGCAUUUGCAAGCUGCACUUCUGAAAAUCCAGAGGAUCACCAGAGACUCUAUCUGCAGGUCACUGACUUCCUAAAACACCUCUUCUUCACUAACACACAGUUUUGCCAGGAAGAAGAUCUUCACUAUGAUCAUGAGACCGUGAUGCUGCGGUGUACUGAGACCUUCGAUGAUGAAGAUUUCUAACCAGUGUCUCCAGUAAUGUUUUGCCAAGCCCUGCCAGGUACACCGGGCACGGGAGGAGCCUCACCUCUUGCAGUGAGCUACCUCUGAGCAGAGUGUGGAGACACUGUGUUGAAGUGGUUUGUUACUAUUGACUUCUCCUUCCCUCAUUAGUACUUCUUGGUAUAUCAGUUGAGUAAUUUAUACUUUUUAAAGGUUUUAAGGGUCUUAGCUAUUUAUUAAUAAAUGUUUUUACCUAUUGCUAUUUAAUGUUUAGCCUUGCUUCACAAAGAAAUGGAGGCAUGUACAGUUAAGUGACCUUGCCUAGCAUAAGGUGUGGGAAGAGCAGCAGGGAGGCCAGAUCAGUGGCAGUCCGCACACUUCCACAGGAUGCAGGCCUCAAACUUGCACCCUGCAAAAGUCACCUCCUGGCAGUGAUUAUUUUUCUGGUGCAAUUUUUCAUCUUGGGCUCACCAGGAAAGAGGCAUUUCCUCACAGAGAGUGGAAUGAGGCUCGUCUGUCUCUUUAUGAGGACAGCAGCAGUGAGCACCCACUCCCCAGUCAUCCAAAAAAGUGCAGGCACAGUAAUACACUUUGGAUUAUUUACUUUUGUGAAGUGUGUAAAGCUGAGUGAUCAGCCCUGUGCUCUUCUUCCACAUGUAAUUCUUGAAUGAGUAGUGCUGCUCAGAUAGUGUCUUGGAAUUAAAAGUGCUGUGAAAUUGAAUAAAGUCCUUCACCUCUCUGAGUUAUCAUUAAAGGCUCUCUGCAGACUUGAACAAACUGUAUUCUGAUAGUGGUUAUGUUGAGGUCAUGCUACCAGCCAUCACAAACAGAAAGGAUGGAAGUUCUAUUUUACAACCUAAACUAAAGCUGGUGUGCCCAGCCAGCCAACUUCAGCAGCCAGCUUUUAGACUGAGUCCAAGAGGCCUGGACUGUGGCCCAGCAUUGCCUUGGUGCAUAAAAGCAUGAUACAUUCAGGCAAAAACCCAUGGAGCUGAGUACUGAAGUACAAGGGAAGAAUAAACACUAGAGCGCCCUUUCUGUCCCUGCAGUUGAGGCUGUGGCAGCACCCCCAGAUGAAUGUUUGCCACUCUGCUGUGUUUGAAAGUGGGGUUGCAGGGGUCCUGUUUGGGUUUAAGAGCUCUUCAGAGUUCUCCAAGGUGUAGCCUUGCCAUUCCCUGGUCUUCCCAGUUGCUUCAUUUAUACAUGCUGGCAUUGCUUUGGGGCUAGAAGCAUUGUGAUGACGUUAAGGAGAGGAUGAAGAACACGUUACUUUGAUCCCUCCUCUUGCAUGAUCAUGGUUCACAGGAGUGCAGGCCUGCAAGUGAUUCUUUGAAUACCACCUG